AUGACACGUUUUGACCCCAACCAUGAAUCGCUUGAUUUUUUAAAGCUUCGAGACUCAGUGGUGGUUCUUACUGGAGGAGCCACUGGAAUAGGCGCAGCAACCGUCCGCCUGCUCCACUCGUACGGAGCAAAGGUUAUUUUUGGUGAUAUCAAUACCGAGGCUGCUAAGACUGUCGUAUACAGCACUUCACCAGACACCAUUCAUUUCGUCGAAACAGACGUGCGGUCAUAUGAGGAUAACCUAGCGCUUUUUAAAUAUGCGCUCUCAAAAUAUGGACGUGUUGACCACGCGAUUGCAAAUGCAGGCACCCUGGAGCAGAAAGGAUGGUUUGAUCCUCGUCAAGAUGUGAAUGACAUAGAAGUACGACCGAGUACACUUACUUUGGAUGUCAAUUUAGUUGGAGCGUUGGUUUUUACGCAUAUUGCCUGCUCAUACUUGGCGCAUGGUAAUGAGGACGGCAAAAUUCGCGAUAAGAGUUUGACUCUGCUUGGUAGCCAUGGAGGUUUCAAGGAAACCCCGGGAAUGUUCCUAUAUAGCAUGUCCAAGCAUGCCAUCAUGGGAUUAUUGAGGUCUCUUCGAAUUUACGUCCUAGAGGCCUUUCCAGGGCUCCGGGUAAAUGCUGUCUGCCCAAGUAUGACAGAAACAAUGAUGGUAGGGGGAAUCCGGGAUGUUUGGAUCAAGCAAAAGUUGCCGGUCAACCAGCCCAACGACAUAGCAACAGCUAUACUUGGCAUCCUUUCAGCUGGCCCUGGAACGAACUCCAUAUGGCAUGAUGAAGACGAGGCUCCUGGUCUGAACAGUCGCGAUAAUGCGGGCCAGAUGGAUUGGGAAGAUGUGCAGCAUCGUGGACUCCAUGGGAGAGCUAUAUAUGUGCUUGGAGGCAAGUGCUUUGAUAUUGAAGAAGGCCUUGAUAGGACGGAGCAGCUUUGGCUAGGGAGAAAUGCCAGCGCAACCAUGAAACAGGCCCAAGAGGUACUAGGACUAGGAGACCGGUGGCUUCAGUGA